UGUGUGAUGUGGUUUUAAUACUGAAAACAAUGCUAUGGCUAACCAGUUAUGGAUCUCAGUACAGCAGACCUAACGUUAAUGCAACAAAAAUUUCCAACAGCUGCAUCCAAUCUUCUUGAUGUGUUCCCUGCUCUCUGGUUCAUGAAGGCAGGCAAAUGUUUUCCACCUGUAGUUUUUGUGUUUCUGGGACAUGUUGAGUCUGGACACAAUGUUUUUCUAGGCCUUUGGACCAAACAAAGAGAAAAAUCACUGCUAAAUCUCAUGCUAGGGUUGACUGAGGCUCUGAAUGUGACAGUGACCCCUGGACCGGUCUCUGUUUGUCUGGAAGGAGAAAAUAUUACCGUGUCAUGCCUGGUCUCUCAAAGGAAGAGGAGCAACAGCGUGCUGGUUCUGCGCUGGCUCUACUUCCCCAAGCCAGAGGAUGAGCGGCUGGUGGUGAAGAUGAAUUUUAAGAAGGCUAAGUACUACGGAAACUACAGCCUAAGCUUUUCGCAGACCAAAUUUUACCUGUGGGAGAAAAUGGAAGGAGAAAUAUACAGCUUGAUGAUCCUCAAUGUGUCCAGGGAAGACACGGGCAACUACAGCUGUAAAGUGCAAGAGAUACGCAAACACAGAAACAAGUGGAGGGCCUCGUCAAACGGCACAGGGAGCAUGGAGCUACGAGUGCAUUACCUAGGAGUCCCGGAGAGCACUGAUAACAUCUGGCGUUGGUUUCAAGAUCUUUAUCUGUGUGCAGUGUUAAUCUGCUCUGUUGGUCUCAUUUCUACGCUCCUUUUCAUCAUGAAAAUUACAUGUCAAUACAUGCUGCAUAAACAAAGAGUAAAAGCCAGAUUCUAUUUGGUGAAAUGUCCAGAGAGCAGCUCUGGAGAAACAGUGACCAGUGUUGCCAGCUCUUCUCCUGGAAUGCACAGGAAAGAAAAAAGACAUAAAGCACAACCCAAAGACAUCACUGCACGACCACCAGUGAUACCAGUGAAAGCUCCUGUUCCAAAUAAGCCACGCAGGACCAAACUCUUAAAAGUCCAGCCAAGAAAAGCACACAUGCCGCGGGUGGCAGAUGACAGCCUGACAUACGCUGAACUGGAGUUGGUCAAGCGAGCGCCUGAAGCUAAAAGAAGCAACUCUGGAGCUGCACAGCUGGAGACCAGUGCAAACUGCACAGGAACUGUGUACGCCCAGAUCCUCUUUGUGGAAAAGCAAGUGUAAAUUCAGUUGAAGUUGUUUUGUAGCAGAAUUAUUUAUGAUUUAGCUUUUGGUAUUGUUUAUAGAAUCAGCUUAUAUUACAUUAAUUUAGUACAGAGUGACAAGUCUGAGCAUCUGGGGUUUGUAGAUUCACAGUGCUUUCUAAUUGGGUAAAUUCUUCAGACGCCUGUGAGCACAUUAUUAUUAUUAUUAUUAUUAUUAUUAUUAUUAUUAUUAUUAUUAUUAUUAUUAUUAUUAUUAUUAUUAUAUUUUUUGUUUUUUUGUUUUUUUUUAAACCAAAAGAAAUAUUGCUUUAUUGUUGGGUUUAAUCCAAUACCCAUAUUUAAUUCUGAUUUUCUAAGUGUGUAAGAAAUGUAAUAAAAUAUGGCAUUGUUUGUUACAACCUAUAUUUCUUUUCAAGUCAUCAGGGUCCUGUGAACAUUAGAAUGAUUGCAGUUGUAGAUUCAUAAAUAGGAAGCAAUUCUACCUCACAUAAAACAUCAAGCCUCACACAGGGACUAAUGCAACCCACAGACUAUUUAAGUAAUUCCACCAUCAAUAUAUACGAUAUGCAUGUUUGUUAGUACACUCUGGGGCUGAUGUAUAAGUAUUUCUGCCCCUCCUGCGUGGCAGAAUUCCAUCUAUAGCGUAAUAGAGUGAAAGGUCAAAAUGAGAAAUUCUUUAGCUUAAGAAUAGCAGCUCCAUCUGUGUGUUAGUGCCUUAUUCCACUCUCAGGCCUGCUGUAAUUCUGUGUUUGAGGUGUAUUGAGUGUGAGUGUAUCUCCUCUGUACAUCUCAGAAUCAGUGACUAUGAUGAACCCUCUAAUGGUUACAUUUAUUCAAAUUAAACUAAUUGUGAUCAUGGUUAAUAAUUAGUUUUACAGUGCAUUAUAAUUGGGUUAGACUACAAGAUGGUUCUGCCUAGAUGCAAUAAUUUAUUUGAUUUAAUUAUUCAGAAGUGCCCAAAUGGUUUGACAUUUUAAUAUCAUAAAACCACUGACGUAUUAAAACUGAGAUAGCCAUU